UUAGGAACAGGGGGAGUUCGAGCCGUGUCAGAGGUGCAGGGUUGGGGUCCAAAUGCCCGCUGGAGUUCCCUCGCCAAGGGAAUGUUUCCGUGGCUCCGGGCUGCAGCUGCUCGGGGCUCGCACCGGCGUUGGAUGGGCUGGUCACCCCUGGCGUGGGGCCUGGAUGGUGUCCAUCCAGAGGGGAGGUUGGCUUUUGGUCCCGAAGAGAGACACUCUGCCGUCGCGGUGGUGGGGAUGUAGGGGUGUGGGAAAGCACCUUGCUGGGGCACAGCAGAUCGCAAACAGGGCAGAGCCAAGCCUCGGUGUCUCUUAAACUGUGCGAGGGAUGGAUGUGUAUUGGGAAUGCUGCUGUCAGCCCCCACAGAUGGUUAGUUUUGUUGUAGCUGAUUUGUCUGUAACUAGGAAGGGGUUAGCUUAACCAGGUAUAUGUAAACUGUUCCUUCUCCUCAACAGUUAAAUUUUAUUACGGCCUUAUCCUGAAAAGUGCCUGGCUAGGUAUGAGGUAAAUAAACAAAUACUCCCACAAGAAGUUAUUUUAUAUAGGGUAAGGAGUGCAGGGAAUUAUGGAAUGCAUGCAAUUUGAAUACACAGAGGCAUGAUGCAGGAGGUGGGAUAGUGGGAGUAGGCUCAUCAGCAAUGGUGGUUGGUGAUUUUUAGCAGUCAUCUUUGAAGAAAUAAUCACCAUUCUGAAAGACCUUUGCCCCUUUAUCAGUGAGACUGAACAUCGAGUGUAAAUCUUACAUUAAGUGUUCUUGCAGCCUCUUUCUGGAUGGUUAUGUUUUCCUUGUUGCCAUCAUUUUCCUUGGGUAAUUUAAGUCAAUCAAGGUUGGAGGAUGGAAGGUGGUGUGAUGAUGAUUAGCAGAGCAGGAUGUUAAAAUGGUCAGUGUCACAAUGCUGAAACAGUGAGUAGAGAAGCAGCGGGUAAUGAGAUGCUGCUCUAAGGACACACUCUAUCUCUUCUAUCUGCAAGAGUAAAACUAGGGCUUUUAUAUUUUUCCAGACUUUCCCUAUUGAUUCAAGACUGUCCCUUUAACUCUUGUUUUGUUUUGCUGCUUCUUCCCACUGAGUGACUUUUAGAUCUGAAUGAACUAGUGGUGGGAGACACCAAUGGAAAACUCUACGUUUACAAGAACGAUGACAGCAAACCCUGGGCUGUGCGAUCUUGCCAAGGAAUGCUCACGUGUGUUGGUGUGGGAGAUGUAUGCAAUAAAGAAAAGAAUUUCGUGGUGGCAGUGAGUGCAGAAGGCUGGUUUCAUCUUUUUGACCUGACUUCUCCAAAACACCCAGAUGCUUCAGGACACCAUGAGUUGGCAGCAGCAGAAGAGCAGAACCCAGUGUUCAGGCAGCACAUUCCAGCCAACACCAAGGUCAUGCUGAUCAAUGACAUCGAUGGAGAUGGGAAGUGUGAGUUGGUGGUGGGUUACACUGACAGAGUGGUGCGUGCCUUCCGCUGGGAGGACUCAUCAGAGAAUUCAGACCACGUCUCUGGCCAGCUGCUCCUGUUGAAGAAAUGGCUGCUGGAAGGUCAGGUGGACAGCCUCUCUGUGAACCUGGGCCCUGAUGGCUCCCCGGAGCUGAUGGUGUCGCAGCCAGGCUGUGGCUAUGCCAUCCUGCUGUGCACCUGGGACACGGAGCAGCGGGACACAUCCACGGGAAGGGACGGCUCUGCCUCAAGCAGAGAGGCCCCUGUUCGAGAUGUUAUCCUACACCAAACAUCUGGACGGAUUCACAACAAGAAUGUCUCCACUCAUCUAAUUGGUAGCAUUGCCCGAGGUGGCUCCAGUGAGAAUAGUGGCUCAGGUCUCUUUGCCCUCUGUACUCUGGAUGGGACACUGAAACUCAUGGAGGGAGCAGACAAGCUGCUCUGGUCUGUUCAAGUUGAUCACCAGCUGUUUGCUCUGGAAAAGCUGGAUGUUACGGGCAAUGGGCACGAGGAGGUGAUUGCCUGUGCGUGGGAUGGUCAGACAUACAUCAUCGACCACAAUCGGACUGUAGCCAGGUUUCAAGCAGAGGAGAAUGUCAGUGCAUUCUGUGCAGGCCUCUAUGCAUGCAAAGGAGGAAGCAACAGUCCCUGCCUGGUUUAUGUCAGCUUCAGCCAGAAGAUCUACAUCUACUGGGAUGUGCAGCUGGAGAGAAUGGAGUCCACCAACCUGUUGAAAAUCCUGGAGGGUGACCCAGAGUUUGCAGAUCUCCUGCAGCAGCUGGGUGUAGAUAAAAAUGACGUUUCUGCCGUCAGAAAUCUAAUUCACAAAACCCUCUAUUUUCCUGAGAAAUAUCACCUGAGCAGCCCCUCGCAGAGUCAGGAUGAUGCUGGAACGGAUUCCUCUGCCCACUGCACUGCCAUCCAGGAUCCCUUAUAACAAGUCACAUGGACUACCAGCACAGGCUCUUCUGCAGCUGGAAUGGGGCAUCUGAUGAAGAUGACUGUUCUUUUACUAUCUCUGUCAAAAGUUCCAAACAGGAAAGGGUGUACAGGCUGUGGAGGGAUGGUCUUGGCUUGUAGGCUGGAGCAUAGGUGGUGGAUUGAUUUUCUGUUAGCAGAGGGAGCUGUUAGAACAAGAAGUGGCAAGGGUCUUGCUUGUUGUCCUUCUGUUGCCAGUUUCCAUAUUCUUUACUCGCUGAAGUGCUUUAUGGGUCACUGUGAAGAAGCACUGAGGACAUGGAUGGAGAGAACAGCUGAGCUCAGGCUCCAUUCUGGCUCCAGUGAUUACUUCUGAAUUCUCAGCAGGAUUACAGCGCAGGAAUUGCAGGUGGAGGAAUUGAAUAAGAAGCAGGCAAGGGCCUUCUCUCACACUUGGGUGUGUGUUAAACUACACCUGUGCAUUGAUUGCCUUUGCUUUGCCACUGCUGUUCUAGCAAGCAGUUUCUCAUAAAUCACUUCCUGUCCUGAGGAGUUGGAGACAGGUGUGAGAAGAGCCACAACAUGCACUAAUAAGGUGUGGAAAGGUAACAGCACCAGCAAACCCCAUCUGUACUCGAGAGGCAUUGCUUAUCUCCAUCUUCGUGGGCAGAGUGAUCCCAGAGAAGGCUGUGACUUAGCAAAGCAGCUGUGAAGUGGACAGUAAGAGGAAUCUGACUUAACCAUGGAUCUGUGGUGCUGUGAGAGCCUGGCCAUUCUACAGUAUGCCACACUUGCCUCUUGUUGUGGAGAAUGUCAUGCUGUUUUGAGUCCUGCACAACUGAAAGAGGUGGACUGGAGGUGAAGUUCCACUGGCUGGCUUGAGGCAUCUGGAAAAGGGCAUUGCUCACCAAGGCUGCUCAUUUGCAAAGGCCAUGGCACAAACCUUUACAUGUGCUGCUGAUGUUGUGCUUUUCCCUAUCUUGCUUGUCCCUUGCCUAACUUAGCUUAUUAGGAUAGUGAUGCCUAUGGAUUUCUUUAAUUUUUACCUUUUUGUAGGUUUUAGAAGUAGUUGUCUAGUAAAUGUAGGUUUUAAUGUAGUUGUAUAAUUUGUCACUCUCUAGCACAGUAGUUUACGUUUACCCAACCCUAUUACCCCAUUUCACAUCAAACUUUCUAAAUUCCUUUAAGUUUUUUUAGACUUCUCUCAAGGCAGGCCUUCAGUCUGUUUAAGAACAUUUGCACCGUGGCUCGAACAGCAAGAUACACCACAGUCAAAACAACCUUCAAAUCCUUACCCUUGAAGGAGCUCCAAAAGACUGUAUGUGCUGUGGAUAAGAAGAAGAUGAGGAAGAAGCGGUCUCAGGACCCCUGACUCAAUUUCCAGAAGGGCGUGUUGGGGGCAGAACUGGGGAGGAUCUGGGGGGCAGAUAGAUCUGGGAUUGGAUGGACGAUACCAUAAAUUGUGGAACCCCUGGACAUGUGGGGUGCAUCUCUGUACUCCCAGUGGUUGAGGGCCUUCAUUAAAGAAUCUACUCUCUGUCUUCUCUCUACUAAUAA